UAUGGCAAUGGCGAUCAUCGAGUGGSUACCAAUGACAGUAUUUGUUUUUGUAUAUGUUUUUACAAUAAGAGCAAUCUAUAAAGUCCUAUCCAAAUUAUCAGGCAAGAUAUGCAAUCAAUAUUGUCAAUGGAGUCCAGAAGAGCAAGCAUURAUUGAAGAACAGAAAUGUCUCAUUGUGGACCAGCAGCAAAUUAAUCCACAGGAUGAGUUUCCCAAGUAUGCACGGUUACAAAGAAAGAUUGAUGGUAUAAAGGAAAAGAUUAAAAAUUAUGAAUCCACAAGAAAGGAAAGUAUGGGGAGAUAUAAAAUGCUGUCAAAGAUAGGGGUGCUGGUGUUUGUUAUAGGAAUCCAUUUAUCCUUCCUGGUAACAUUCAGAAAAGAGCCUGUCAUUGUCUUACCGCAACAUUGGUUCUUUCCUUUCCAAAAAGUUCUUUCCUUUCCAACUGCCAUACCAGGUGCACUCGGUCUUCCUUGCUGGAUGGUCACAUGUAACAAACUGAUAGAAAGAUUUAUUAUUUAAAUGAUCAUCUGCUUGUCAAUGCUCCGAYGAAGAUGUCUAAACACAUGUGCCAUAAAAGACUUUUUAAACUUAUUAUUGAUUACAAAGCAACAACUGCUAAAAAAUGCAGUCCCAAGUAAAUUUUCUUUACACUUGCAUGAAAAUAUGUCUCACAACCUCGUCAUCACAGAAGUAUUAUAUUUACAUUUCAGUAGUAGUCUUAAUUCAAUAUAAUUUUUUGGGAAAAUUUUUCCUGCAGUCUUUCACCCCCUGGAUCUAUUCUUGUGGGAGAAUAAAUUGAAAAAAAUUUAAAUACAUUGCAGCUUCAAAAUCAUCCAGUGAUGAAAUGUGAGGAAAUAUUUAUAGAUGUACGCACAUCAUUUAUUACUUUUUKGGAGAUUUCUUUGACAAGUUGAUCCAUGUACAAAAAACUUGAUAAGUUUACUUUAAGUAGGUUCUUUUCUUUAAACAUUGCAUUAAAAAUUGUUAAAUUAGCCAGAUAUGUUACAUGUUACUGUAUCCGUUGUUACAUGACCUUUCAGGUCAAAUUUAUUUAAAUCUUAUGGAAUUUUGCAUAUUUUGAACAAUGCGUGAUGUCGGGCAUUGAAAAAAAUAUUCUACGCCAUCAUAUGUUCUUUCAUAUAUAAUCAUAAUUUUUCAAAAAUAGCUCUAAGAGCAUCUAGUUUAACUCUUGCUUCGAUAAUGGUGUUUAUUUCUAAGAAAUACUUCCAUAGGUAAAGGUUAUGGUCUUGAAAGUUUCAAAAUGAGAUGGAAAUAAUUGAAAAGCUUGCACUGCCUAGCCCAGAACUGGUCCUUGCUAGGAAGGCACACUGUUAAAGUGAAGAACAUUUUCAGAAAGUCACAAUACUGUAAAUGUCUGCAAUUAAGAACCUUAUUUUUUUCAAGUAUGGUGCAAAUGGUUCUUAUUUAAAAAAUGUCAGAAAAAAUAUCCCUCCUGGUCUGUGGUCCCUGAACAACACACAGUCAACUCUACACUUGCAGACAGCUCUAAUUUUCAACAGCUUAAUUCUUACAACCCUCUUGUUUUUCCAUACACACACUCAUGCACACUUUUUCAGGAAGACAGGGCUACCCUCAGGCACUAUUUCUAUUUCCCAAGGUAUCCACUUAUACAGGAGAUUCAACUUUACCUGUCCUGCCAAUUUUUGAUUUUCUCAACUUCGCGAGCUGUAUGUGCUAAAUAAAAGUCACACCACGGUUGUGAGUUUUCUUUAAGAUGUUAUCUUUCUUUUUUAGAUAUACACAACCAGUCAGAAAGCAGGAUUAAACUUAAGUUUUUUACUCAAUUUAGUUUUGUUCAUACCAUGAACACCAUUGUUAUUUCGUUUGUUAUGAGUUACAUUCUUGAGAAUGUGUUGACACCASCUGUGGUAAAUAAAAGGACAUAGCAACAAGAAACUAGUAUCUACAUGUAGCAUGCUUUGCAGACUAUUAAUGUUUCAUACUCAACAAUCUUGYUGCAAGCAAUAGUCUGAAAAGCAGGCUAUUUGAUACAAAUUGUUUCAUGUAUAUUACAAUUCACCUACACAAAAUUAUAAUUAAGAAUAUAAUUAGAUCAUCAAUGUGAAUUAUGUUUAUUGUUUUAUGCAUUUUGAUGUGAGGUCUAUAUCAUACAGUACAACUUUGCACAUUAGUUUAAUUUAAUAUACAAUAUGAGCCUUUGGUACACAAAAUUAUUUAAUAAACAGUUAUUAUAAA